AUGGGGAUGUGCAGCAGCACGUGUUCUGUUCUGGCUUGGGUUUGCAGCACGCCAAGCACCAAAUCAAGGAACAGACGGCUGCUGGAGACGACGCCACCCACUCCUUUGCAGCAGCUUUGUACGUCGCACCAACCACCUGACCAGGGGACGGAGGGCUCCCAGCCACACAUGGACCCAGGCGCCCGCAGCUCUGAGGCAGGAGCGAGCUGGGGAGACACCGCGGCAGCAGCUGACAGUCAGGAGGAGAGCCCGGAGAGGGGGAGCACAUCGCCAAGCAGAGCAGGAGCCGCGUCCCCCGGGCAAGAGACGGAGCAGAAGCGUGGCGGCAGUGCCGGGGAAGCGCAGUCACAGACCAACACCUGCGAGGCAUGCGGGAAGAGCUUCAGCCUGCGCUCCAACCUGCUGACCCACCGCCGCAGCCACCUGGGCGAGCGGCCCUACGCCUGCCCCGACUGCGGGCGCUGCUUCGGGCAGAGCUCCCACCUCCUCACCCACCAGCGGCUGCACACCGGGGAGCGGCCCUACCGCUGCCGCGACUGCGGCCGCAGUUUCAACGUCAACUCGGACCUGGUGAAGCACCGGCGGACGCAUACAGGCGAGCGGCCCUACUCCUGCCCCGAGUGCGGGCGCCGCUUCGGCAGCAGCUCCAACCUCACCCGGCACCAGCGGCUGCACACAGGCGAGCGGCCCUACCGUUGCCCCGACUGUGGCGAGAGCUUCCGGGACUGCUCCGCGCUCACCAUCCACCGGCGCGCCCACACCGGCGAGCGGCCCUACCCCUGCCCGGCAUGCGGCAAGGCCUUUGCUGACAGCUCACUGCUGGCCAAGCACCAGCGCACGCACCGCGCCGAGAAGUCCUUCACCUGCCCUGACUGCGGCAAGAGCUUCUCCACCAGCUCCUACCUGCUGCGGCACCGGCGCACCCACCUGCCUGAGAAGCCCUACCGCUGUGGGGAGUGCGGCCGGGGCUACAGCCAGUUCGCCCACCUCACCACCCACCAGCGGGUUCACACUGGCGAGCGGCCCUACGUCUGCCCUGAGUGCCGCAAGAGCUUCACCACCAGCUCGGCACUCACCAAGCACAAGCGUGUCCACACCGGCGAGCGGCCCUACGCCUGCGGGCAGUGCGAGAAGACCUUCUCCCGGCGGUCGGAGCUGCUGAUCCACCAGCGGCUGCACACGGGGGAGAAGCCCUACAAGUGCCUGGACUGCGGGAAGAGCUUCACCCGCAGCUCGAACCGCAAUGCCCACCAGCGCAUCCACAGCGGGGACAGGCCCUAUAAGUGCCCCGACUGCGGGAAGAGCUUCGGCCAGAGCUCGGACCUGGCGAAGCACCAGCGGCUGCAUGCCGGCGAGCGGCCCUACGCCUGCGCCAAGUGCGGGAAGAGCUUCAGCUGGAGCUCAGACCUCGUCGUCCACCAGCGCAUCCACACCGGCGAGCGGCCCUACAAGUGCCCCCAGUGCGGAAAGAGCUUCAACCGCAGCUCCAACCUCAACACGCACCAGCGGACCCACCUGGGUGAGCGGCCCUACAAGUGCGCCGACUGCGGCAAGAGCUUCAGCUACAGCUCAGCCUUCCUCAAGCACCAGCGGACCCACACCGGGGAGAAGCCCUACCAGUGCGCCGGCUGCGGGAAGAGCUUCUUCGAGAGCUCAGCCCUGAUCCGCCACCAGCGCAUCCACACCGGGGAGACCCCCUACCAGUGCCCCCACUGCAGGAAGAGCUUCAAGCAGAGUUCAUCCCUCAUCACCCACCUGCGCACCCACACCGGGGAGAAACCCUACAAGUGCGGCGACUGCGGCAAGAGCUUCAUCGUCAGCUCGGCCCUCAUCAGGCAUCAGCGGAUCCACCUGGGAUAGGCGCCCACCGCUGCUCCUUCCUCUGGGCGUCUGGCCCUGCUGCUUUCGGGGGGCUGAGCUGGACGGAGCUGGAGGCAGCUCGGUGGGACCUGGGGGCUUCCAGCCACAGCAGGGGAGCAGGAGCCUUGCCGAGCCAUGCCAGCAUGGGCAGCCGACACCCCUCCUGAGCCAGAGUGGGCACCGGUGGGAGAGGAGCCGCGGUGGGGAUGGUCUCGAGGGGACGUUUCACUUCUCCCGUGCAGAAUGGGGACGCAGCACCAGCACUGACUGCCCGUGGGGAUUCCUUGACCCUGUCCUGGCUAGAGCUGUGGGAAGUCCAUGCUGGGUGGGUGGCCGUGGCUUGCUCCCUGCCGUGGCGCUGAGAGCUCAGGAGGCCCUGAGCCGCCUUUCUGCCGUGCUGUGUCCAUGUUGUGGCCAUUGUGUAGAUGGGGACGAGCGUUUUACCUGCCUGUGUUUCGCCAUGGGGUUUGGGGGGGGGGAAGGGGGGAGGAAAGGGGCGGGGGGACACCCAAAAGCGGAGUCCCACGGCGUGAGCCUUGUGGCGCAGCUUUCUCCUCCCUGCAUGAGCACGAAGGGUCCUGUAACUCAUUAAUUUGGCAACAGUCCUCCACAAAUAGGGCUGUCGGAGCAGCUUGGCCACACUGACGCUGCUGGCAAGAUAAUUUCAGCGCGAGCCCGGUGCUCGGCGUGCCGGAGCGCGCGAUCCCUUUACUUUCCCUGCCUGCCAUAGUAAAGAGUUGUUGUUUACCGGC